AUGGAGAGUUUGCUGGCGGCGCUCUGCCUGUCUCUGCUCACCGCCCUCCCCACCACAGCGGUGGAUCGUGGUGAGCUGCGUCUGUCAGGGGGCCAGCAGCCGACGGAGGGCCGAGUGGAGGUUUACUAUGACGGGGAGUGGGGCACGGUGUGUGACGAUGGCUGGGACCUGACCGACGCCAACGUGGUUUGCCGCAGCCUGGGCUUCCUCAACGCCACAGAGGCCACCAUCGGAGGCGUGUUCGGGGCAGGUUCUGGCCCCAUCCUGAUGGACGAGGUGGCGUGUGCGGGCACCGAGACCUCGCUCACACUCUGCAAGAGUCGUGGCUGGAAGGUCCACGACUGCCAGCACUCGGAGGAUGCAGGGGCCCGCUGCGACCCCCGCCUGGCCGGAGCGCUGCCCAGCUACCGGCUGGAGCAGACGGCGGAGCUGCGGCAGUCUCUGGGGCAACUGUACCUGAGCCAGAAGCGCUGCCAGGUGCGGAUCCUGGUGCAGACGGCGAGACGCGGCCCCGUCAAGCUGCACCUGUGCGCCCACCGCCUGGUGCUCGGCCUCAGCGCCGACGGCAACCUCAUCAGCGGCAACCGGAGCAGCGGCGUCCACAUCACCGUCCGCCCCGAGUGCCUGCCCCAUGUCGAGGACUUCAUCAGGUAUUUCUACACCAAGACCAUCGAUGUGACUCUAGCGUCGGUGAAGUGUAUCCACAACAUGGCAUCAGAUUACGGGGUGACUGCGGUGCGGGAUCAUUGUGACCGACUCUUCUACAAACUGUUGCCGCAGGACCCGUCCUUCCGCCACCAGCUGGAGCUGUUCAACUAUGCGGAGGCGGUGAAGGACCCGCUCCUGAAGGAGGUUUGCCUGGAGUACUUGGCGUGGAACUGCCAGGCAUUUAUCCGCUCGCCGUCGUGGCUGGAGUUUAGCGGCGAGCAGCUGAACUCGUUGCUGCUCAGGUCGGACAUCGUCAUCUGGAACGAGGUGACUCUGUUCCGCGCCGUCGAGUCGUGGAUCGUCAACAACAAGAAGACGGAACUCACCCACGAGCUGAUGGACAAGAUCCGCUUCCAAAUGAUCUCGGCCGAGGACCUGUCCAAGAUCCAGCUGCAGUCUUCACUCUACGAAGAACACGACAGUUUCUUCCUCAAGAGGUUCCUCAAAGCCUUCGAGUUCCACUCUGUGUCGGUGGCCCAGCUGAGUGUGGAGCGGCACGGCUCGGAGCUCAGCCUGGAGCCCAGGAUCUACACAUCUCCGGCCUGGAGCGCGGCCCUGCACGUCGACACGGGCGCUCAGGCCCACAGCUCAGCCGCCACCUACUACAACGGCUACCAGUAUGUACACCAGCUCAGCUUUACCCAGCCCUCCUCGCCCACCAUCUCCUUCCAGACCAACAGGUAUACCAGCUCCUUCUACGACUCCGACAACAUCUUCUGGACGGCCUUCUACCACCUGAGUGCGCAGAGCUGUAAGAGCAGCAACGUGCCUUGCCCCUUCACCAUCUACCCCAUCGCCACCCUCACCAGCAAUGGCCACAACAAGGAGAACCACGUGCGCUACCACAACAAGGUCCUGCUACUCUGCAGCAACAACUACGUCUCAUACGUACACGACGUGAAGGAGAACAGCGCUAUCCUCCCCUCCUUCAAAGGCCAGGGCCUCUUCUUCUUCGGCUGUGAAUCUGGCCUUUUCUCCACUCUCAGGUUCGUGGUCAGACCUGUGUACAAGUGAAUAGCCCAGCAACGAGACCCUCGACAGUGGGCUGUACGGGUGGGAUUACACCUUGUACUGAUGGUGUUACACCCUGUACUGAUGGUGUCACACCCUGUACUGGUGAUGUUAUACUGUACUGAUGGUGUUAAUCCUGUACUGAUGGUGUUACACUAUACUGAUGGUGUUACACCCUGUACUGAUGGUGUCACACCCUGUACUGGUGAUGUUAUACUGUACUGAUGGUGUCACACUCUGUACUGAUGGUGUCACACCCUGUACUGAUGGUGUCACACCCUGUACUGAUGGUGUUAUACUGUACUGAUGGUGUUACACUAUACUGAUGGUGUUAUACUGUACUGAUGGUGUUACACUAUACUGAUGGUGUCACACCCUGUACUGAUGGUGUUACACCCUGUACUGAUGGUGUUACACCCUGUACUGAUGGUGUUACACUAUACUGAUGGUGUUAUACUGUACUGAUGGUGUCACACCCUGUACUGGUGAUGUUAUACUGUACUGAUGGUGUCACACCCUGUACUGAUGGUGUCACACCCUGUACUGGUGAUGUUAUACUGUACUGAUGGUGUUACACUGUACUGAUGGUGUCACACCCUGUACUGAUGGUGUUACACCCUGUAUGGAUGGCGUUACACCCUGUACUGAUGGUGUUAAUCCUGUACUGAUGGUGUUACACCCUGUACUGAUGGUGUUACACCCUGUACUGAUGGCGUUACACCCUGUACUGAUGGUUUUACACCUUGUACUGAUGGCGUUACACCCUGUACUGAUGGUGUUACACCCUGUACUGAUGGUUUUACACCUUGUACUGAUGGCGUUACACCCUGUACUGAUGGUGUUACACCCUGUACUGAUGGUGUUACACUGUAGUAAUGGUGUUAAUCCUGUACUGAUGGUGUUACACCCUGUACUGAUGGUGUUACACCUUGUACUGAUGGCGUUACACCCUGUACUGAUGGUGUUACACCCUGUACUGAUGGUUUUACACCUUGUACUGAUGGCGUUACACCCUGUACUGAUGGUGUUACACUGUAGUAAUGGUGUUAAUCCUGUACUGAAUUGUGUUACAAUGUACUGAUGAUGUUACACUGAGCAUUGACGAUGUUACACUGUACUGAUGGUGUUACACUGUGCAUUGAUGGUGUUACACUGUGCAUUGAUGGUGUUACACUGUGCAUUGAUGGUGUUACACUGUGCAUUGAUGGUGUUACACUGUGCAUUGAUGGUGUUACACUGUGCAUUGAUGGUGUUACACUGUGCAUUGAUGGUGUUACACUGUGCAUUGAUGGUGUUACACUGUGUAGUGAUGGUGUCACACUGUAUUGAUGAUGUUACACUGUACCGAUGGUGUUACACUGUGCACUGAUGGUGUUACACUGAGCAUUGAUGGUGUUACACUGUGCUGAAGAUGUUACACUGUACUGAUGGCGUUACACCCUGUACUGAU